UCACAACAAGAAGCUAACUCAUCUCUGAGAAAAUGGGACGACCUAUAAUUGUACAGCUAGAAGAAAUUUGUUAUCCUAUUCUUGCAGUAGUUGGUGUUCCCUACCAGAAACGGAAACCAUGAAGUAGAAUUCUGGAGAGAACCGAAUCUGACAAUACGUUGAAACAAAGGAAUCAGAGAUUCAGCAUGACAGAAGGAGAAAUAACUGGGCAAUUCGUUGACCACCGCAGUAGCCUAGCAAUGGUAAUCUGAUGACAAUUGGGAUUCUCUGCCGUGGGAAGUGUGGACUUUCUAAAUGCAUCACACGUUACCUUGUGUCCAUGGCAGUGGCAGAUCUACUAGUCAUAAUAUUUGAUGUAAUAUUUUACGAGAUAAAUGACAUGUAUUUCUCAUAUUCAUUUUUAGACUACACAGCUAUUUGCAGUCUUAACAUCACCAUGGUCUUCACAGCAAUAGAUUGUUCUGUUUGGUUAACAGUUGCUUUCACUUUUGAUCGAUUCAUUGCCAUUUGCUGCCAAAAGUUGCGAGAAAAAUAUUGCACUGAACGAACUGCGUCAAGAGUUAUAACAACUAUCGUUGCAUUGAGCUUUGUGGAAAAUACCCCAAUUUACUUUGAAAAUGAACACUUGGAAAUGAUCGACAAUAUAGCAUGGUUUUGCAGUGUUAAAUCAAGUCUCUCUAAUUUACCUCUAUGGGUAGCGUAUUUCUUCAUUGAUGUUACUCUAACACCGUUUGCACCAUUUAUAUUGAUUGUGCUGCUCAAUGCUUUCACAAUUAAGCACAUUGUGCAAAGCAACAGAGUGAGGAAAAAGCUUCAGAUAAAUGUCAGAGAAGAUUACCAUGAUCCUGAGUUAGAUAACCGAAGGAAGUCGAUCAUAUUACUGCUGGCCAUCUCUGGCUGUUUUAUAUUGUUAUGGAUGGCAACUUUUGUACAUUCUGUGUGCACACAAUUCGUAGGCAUUCCAUUUAUGUUUACAGAUUACAACGAUCCAUUUGCCAUCAUGGAGCACACCGGAUAUAUGCUUCAGUGUUUGAGUUCAUGCACAAAUACAUUUAUCUAUGUAGUGGCCCAGGUCAAAUUCAGAAAGGAAUUGAUGGCCAUCGUUAUAUAUCCGUUAGUUCUAACUAAGUCAGUGACUUUGCGAAAUAGAAAAUCAUGUGUAUCUUAAUAGUUUUCUUAAAAAAUCUUCCAAAGAUUUUCGUCGCCCAGUUAGUCUGAGGAUAAAUCAUAAUCAUCGCAGUUAACCAUAUUCAACUCAUGUUCUUAGAAAACAGUGAAAGAGUAAAAGAUUGGUAAGUUUAAACAAAGUGGGAUCAAUCUACGAAAAUGUCAAUAUAAUCAAUGUUUAAAGGAAUCAAGCAAGGGAAGGAUUAGCAACAGCUUGUCUCAUCGAGGGAGAAACAUAAUUUAUUGUAGUCAAGGCGUAGAUGACUAAUCAAGUAGAAAAUAUUUGAACCAGGUCUAAUAGGUUCAAAAAAUUCUCAACUUGGAUUAAAAAUAUGAAGAUGGAAGAUCAGAGAACACAAAACAAGAAAAAUUGAAGUUGAAUAUAUUACCAGUGCUAAGCACGCCUUUAUCUAUGAGAUAAUACGGUUUGAAGCUGGAUGAACACAG